AGUUACACGCUUUGGAUUUGUUGUGUGGCGCCAUCACCCAGUUUGUGUGCUUGCUUAACAAAACAAGACCUGACACACUGCACGGGGUAGCAUUUCUCAUCGUAAUGAGAUGGAAUCCGAUUACUACCGAGGACUAGACGACGUUGCCAGACGUCAUUAUGAAGCCAAGAUCGCGGAUGUUGGUGAGGACCCAUAUUUAAUCUCCUGUGUUGAACAGAAAGCUGCUGAASAUUGCACCAUCAGUGAGUUACCAGACUUCAGCUAUCCUGAUUUAUACCUGUACCUCGUCAAUCUACCAGGUUACAGUGGAGAAGUUCUGAAGAAAUACAAAAGCCUUGAUGCAUACAAAUACUUCUGUGAUGGUUGGGUUAGAACAUUAAUGGUCUGCAACAAGAAAAAUAAGUUCAUUAUAACUAGUAAGGUGAACCAAUCAGAAGACACAAAUAAAAAGCCUCAUGAUGUCUGGGUGAUCAUUCAGCCUGAUGGAGAUGUAGUUUCUUCUCACUGUACAUGUGGGUCCGUGCUCAGUGAGGCCUGUUCACACGUGGUUGCUGCUCUUUUUGCAAUUGAUGCCUGUGUGCGCAUACAACAAGAUGUGGCGUGCUCAUACCAUCAAUACCUUACUGAAUCUACAUGUGACAAUCAUUUUUUGGCUCCAGUAAAGAGGAACAAGACGACCCACAACUGCUCAGAUACACCUGUACAUGUACCAGCACCCACCGAAGAUGAAAUUAAGCAGUUUUAUAAGAGUGUUGCUGAUUCAGGUGCUAAGAGCGUAAUCCUGUCUGUGCUGCCUGAUUACUGCGAGGAGUUCAGAACUCCAAAAUUGCCACCACCUCUGACAGAUCUGUACGACGAAGUGAACACACAACUCUCAUUUUCAGACCUACUAGAUCAGUGUUCCAACGCUUUCUCCCGUUUAAUAGUUACACCUGACCAGGCAACAAUCAUUGAGGAACAGACGAGGGGCUUCAUUCAGUCCAGGCAACGGUUGAAACAAGAAACAGGAAGAAUAACAGCUUCAACACUGAAAUCAGUCUGCCAGACAAAACUUGCUGACCCUCCUCUGAGUCUGAUCAGAACCAUCUGCUAUCCAGAUAUGACAUGUUCAACUGAAACAACUAAGUGGGUCUGCAACCACGAAUCCACAUCGUGGAAGUUGUAUGAAGAACUUCACAAACUGACACACAAACAGGCUGAAAUAAGCAACGAAACAGGCCUAAACAUCAAUCCACUUUAUCCGCACAUGGCAGCAGUGCCCGAUGGUUAUGUGACAUGUCUGUGCUGUGGUGAAGGCAUAGUUGAGGUGAUGUGUUCAUUGUGUUUCCUAAAAACAACCGAGGGGGAGCUUCCAAAAGUUUUAGAUUUUUGCUUGCACCUAGUCAACGGUUCCAUGAGACUAAAAACUGAUCAUGAUUUCUUUUACCAGGUACAAACUCAGCUACACAUUACAAAUAAAAAAUACUGUGACUUUGUGGUUUGUAUUCCAACAAACAUACACAUCGAACGCAUCUUCCCUGAUGAGAAUUUCUGGCAAAAAUGUGUGGAGGCUAGUAAAGCUUUCUACAUCCAUGCUGUCCUGCCAGAACUUAUGGUGAAGUGGUAUUCGAGACAAAAACACCCAACAGAGGAUGAAAUCACGGCCCUGAUUGAACCAUUUUGUUACUGCCGCACAACCAGGAAAGGCAUUAUUAUUAAAUGUCAGAGUGACACAUGUAAGAUAAAGAAUUUCCAUCUGACCUGUCAGGGACUUAAAGCGUUGCCGAAAAAAACGUGGCUUUGUCCUGAAUGCAGAACCCUGUCAAAAGCAUCACAACUGGAACACAAAUGAUAUUUUACCUGGACUGUGCAAAAACUAAUCCUGUAUAUUUUAUUCAUUUAACAAACAGAGGCCUCAGUAGGAACCAUACGCAGCCACAACAGCCUGGCACGUCCUCAUGCUGCUCAUCAAUUUGGUCAUACACUAAUGUGGAAUGGCGUCCCAUUCAUCAAGCACCAUUAGUUACAGUGGGYAAAAUAAGUAUUUAGUCAGUCACCAAUUGUGCAAGUUCUCCCACUUAAAA